AUGGCCCCAGAUAAUGGCAGAAAUGGUGGAAGUAAGGAUGAGGCCACCACAUCAAAAAGACAGGAAGGGGAGGAGAAAAGUUCAGGCCCGAAUAGGGACCUAGAAAGGCUAGAGAAAAGCAAAGAAGAUGAGAAAACUAAAACUGUGCCAUUUCCCAAGCUCUUUUCGUUUGCAGAUUCCACAGAUACUGUUUUGAUGAUCCUUGGGUCGAUUGGUGCUGUUGGAAACGGAGUAUCCCUACCCCUUAUGUCAAUUCUAUUGGGAGAUGUGAUUAAUUCUUUUGGACAAAAUCAGAAUAAUAACAAAGUGGUUCACUUAGUGUCCAAGGUGUCUCUCAAAUUUGUUUACUUGGCAGUGGGAUCUGCUGUAGGAGCAUUUCUCCAGGUGGCUUGCUGGAUGGUCACAGGAGAGAGACAGGCUGCCCGGAUAAGGUUUACAUAUUUGAAAACUAUACUGAGACAAGAUGUUGCCUUUUUCGAUAAGGAAACAAACACCGGGGAGGUUGUUGGUAGAAUGUCUGGUGACACUUUUCUUAUACAAGAUGCUAUGGGUGAAAAGGUUGGGAAAUUUAUACAGCUGGUAUCGACAUUCUUUGGAGGCUUUGUAAUAGCAUUUGUCCAAGGGUGGCUUCUUGCUCUUGUCAUGUUAUCCUCCAUUCCCUUGCUUGUGCUAGCUGGUGGAGCCAUGUCAAUAAUGAUAUCUAGAAAAGCAUCUAGUGGACAAACUGCUUAUGCAAAAGCAGCAAUUGUCGUAGAACAGACAUUAGGCUCGAUUAGAACUGUCGCGUCAUUUACUUGUGAAGAGCAUGCCAUUAGCAAUUACCGGAAGUUUCUUAUUACUGCUUACAAAUCCGGUGUUCAAGAAGGCUUAGCUGCUGGAUUGGGCAUUGGCAUUGUUAUGUUAGUAAUCUUCUGCAGCUAUGCUUUGGCAGUAUGGUUUGGUGGGAAGAUGAUAUUGGAAAAAGGAUACACUGGGGGUACGGUGAUUAAUGUGAUUGUUGCUCUGUUGACCGGAUCCACAUCACUUGGUCAGGCAUCUCCCUGCAUGAGUGCAUUUGCGGCUGGUCAAGCUUCAGCUUCUAAAAUGUUUGAGACUAUUACCAGACCUGAUGAUCAAAUAUUAUCUGGACUGUCUCUUCUCAUCUCAAGUGGCAUAACUGCAGCUUUGGUUGGACAAAGUGGAAGUGGAAAGUCAACAGUAAUCAGUCUGAUAGAGAGAUUUUAUGAUCCACAAGCUGGAGAAAUUCUCAUAGAUGGUAUUAACCUCAGAGAGUUUCAACUUAGGUGGAUCCGAGAGAAAAUUGGUCUUGUCAGCCAAGAACCUGUGUUGUUUACAUCCAGCAUUAGGGAUAACAUUGCCUAUGGAAAAGAUGGUGCAACUACUGAAGAGAUAAGAGCAGCAGCUGAACUUGCCAAUGCUGCUAAAUUCAUAGACAAACUACCUCAGGGACUAGACACCAUGGUUGGUGAGCAUGGAACUCAGAUUUCUGGUGGACAGAAACAGAGAAUUGCAAUAGCAAGAGCAAUUCUGAAAGAUCCACGAAUUUUGCUUUUAGAUGAAGCUACAAGUGCACUUGAUGCGGAAUCUGAAAAGAUAGUGCAGGAGGCACUAGACAGGAUUAUGGCAAAUAGAACAACUGUCAUUGUUGCCCAUCGUUUGAGCACUGUGAGAAAUGCUGAUUUGAUUUCAGUUAUUCACCGUGGCAAGAUAGUGGAAAAAGGCUCACAUUCGGAACUACUCAAGGAUCCUGAAGGAGCUUACUCGCAGCUUAUACACUUACAAGAAGUAAAUAAAGAGUCAGAGCAUGAAACAGAUGACCACAAGACAGAUAUUACUAUUGAAUCCUUUAGGCAGUCGAGUCCAAGAAUUUCACUGAAACAAUCCUUAAGUAGGGGAUCAUCUGGAGCAGGAAAUAGAAGCUCAUUCUCCGUUUCGUUAGAUUUACUUACUACUGGAUUCAGUGUCCCUAACCCUGAUAAUUCCCCGGGAGAAGUAGAAGCUUCUCCACAUAAACAAAAAACUCCAGACGUCCCAAUCCGCCGCCUUGCUUAUCUGAACAAGCCAGAGACCCCGGUGCUUAUGGCUGGAGCUAUAGCUGCAGUUCUUAAUGGUGUCAUAUUUCCAACUUUUGCGAUACUACUUUCCAAUGUGAUUAAAACUUUUUUUGAACCACCGCAUGAAAUGAGAAAGGAUUCAAAGUUCUGGGCACUAAUGUUUAUGACUCUUGGCCUGGCAUCAUUUUUGGUGUUUCCAACACAAACGUACUUAUUUUCCGUGGCCGGAUGCAAAUUAAUCCAACGGAUCCGAUCUAUCUGCUUCGAGAAGGUGGUUCACAUGGAGGUCGGUUGGUUCGAUGAGCCUGAACACUCAAGUGGUGCAAUUGGUGCUAGGCUUUCAGCAGAUGCAGCAACAGUGCGUGCUCUGGUUGGGGACUCUCUAGCUCAGUUGGUUCAAAACAUCGCAGCAGCAGCAGCGGGUUUGGUCAUUGCCUUUACUGCAUGUUGGCAAUUGGCCUUGAUUAUCCUUGUACUAAUUCCUCUAGUAGGACUCAAUGGAAUUAUUCAAAUAAAGUUCAUGAAAGGAUUUAGUGCAGAUGCAAAGAUGAUGUAUGAGGAAGCAAGUCAAGUUGCAAAUGAUGCUGUUGGCAGCAUAAGAACUGUUGCUUCUUUCUGUGCUGAAGAGAAGGUGAUGCGAUUAUACAAAAGGAAAUGUGAAGGCCCUAUGAAGACAGGAAUAAGGCAAGGGCUGAUCAGUGGAGCAGGAUUUGGAGUUUCUUUCUUCUUACUGUUUUCUGUCUAUGCAACCAGUUUCUACGCGGGAGCUCAACUAGUCCAGCAAGGGAAAACAACAUUUACAGAAGUUUUUCGAGUUUUCUUGGCUUUAACCAUGGCAGCUAUUGGAAUUUCACAAACAAGUUCCUUUGGUCCUGAUUCCUCCAGUGCCAAGACUGCAGCUGCUUCCAUAUUCUCUAUUAUAGACCGAAAGUCAAAGAUAGAUCCAAGUGACGAGUCAGGAACGAAGUUAGACGAUGUGAAAGGAGAAAUUGAACUACAUCGCAUAAGCUUCAAGUAUCCAACUAGGCCAGAUAUUCAAAUUUUCCGAGAUCUCAGCUUGGUUAUUCAUUCUGGCAAGACUGUUGCUCUUGUUGGAGAGAGCGGGAGUGGGAAAUCAACGGUGAUAUCAUUGUUGCAAAGAUUUUAUGAUCCCGAUUCUGGUCAUAUAACACUCGAUGGAGUUGACAUUCAAAGUCUCCAGCUUAAGUGGCUGAGGUGGCAGAUGGGGCUUGUGAGCCAAGAACCAGUCCUGUUUAAUGAUACAAUCCGUGCAAACAUUGCAUAUGGGAAGCAAGGGAAUGCGACCGAGAUGGAAAUUUUUGCUGCGUCAGAGCUGGCCAAUGCACACACUUUCAUUAGUAGUCUACAACAGGGUUAUGAUACCACAGUAGGAGAGCGAGGAAUCCAAUUGUCCGGGGGGCAGAAACAAAGGGUGGCCAUUGCUCGUGCUAUAGUCAAAAGUCCCAAAAUACUUCUACUGGACGAGGCUACGAGUGCACUAGAUGCUGAAUCCGAAAGAGUGGUUCAAGAUGCUCUAGACCGAGUCAUGGUGAACAGGACCACAGUCAUUGUAGCCCAUCGGUUAUCCACAAUCAAGAAUGCAGAUGUUAUUGCAGUGGUUAAAAAUGGGGCUAUUGUAGAGAAAGGCAAGCAUGAUUCUUUGAUCAAUAUCAGAGAUGGUUUUUAUGCCUCCUUAGUAGCCCUUAAUACGAGUGCCUCAUCAGCUUAA